GUUCACUACUGUUAGAAUCGAAGAUAAAUCCAAAUACUGCAUAUCAGAAACAGCAGGACACCCUGAUUGUUUGGUCAGAAGCAGAAAACUAUGAUUUAGCACUGAGUUUUCAAGAAAAAGCUGGCUGUGAUGAAAUUUGGGAAAAAAUCUGCCAGGUUCAAGGUAAGGAUCCCUCGGUGGAAGUCACGCAGGACCUUAUUGAGUCAGAAGAGGAACACAUGGAAGAAAUGCCUGAAACUAGUCCUUUGAUCGACCUUCCUACUUGUGAACUCAACAAACUUGAAGAGAUUGCUGACCUAGUUACCUCUGUUCUCUCCUCACCCAUCCGCAGAGAAAAGCUAGCGCUGGCCUUGGAGAAUGAAGGCUAUAUUAAAAAACUAUUACAGCUUUUCCAAGUCUGCGAAAAUUUAGAGAACACCGAAGGCUUACAUCAUUUGUAUGAAAUUAUUAGAGGAAUUUUGUUUCUCAACAAAGCAACUCUGUUUGAGGUGAUGUUUUCUGAUGAGUGUAUUAUGGAUGUUGUUGGAUGCCUCGAGUAUGAUCCUUCUUUGGCUCAGCCAAAACGGCACAGGGAGUUCUUGACCAAAACAGCAAAAUUUAAGGAGGUUAUUCCUAUAACAGACUCUGAACUCAGGCAAAAAAUCCACCAGACUUACAGGGUACAGUAUAUUCAGGACAUCAUCUUGCCGACACCAUCUGUUUUUGAAGAGAAUUUUCUUUCUACCCUCACUUCCUUUAUUUUCUUCAACAAAGUUGAGAUUGUCAGUAUGUUGCAGGAAGAUGAGAAAUUUUUGUCUGAAGUUUUUGCACAAUUAACAGAUGAAGCUACAGAUGAUGACAAACGAUGUGAAUUGGUUAAUUUUUUCAAGGAAUUCUGCGCGUUUUCUCAGACGUUACAACCUCAGAACAGAGAUGCGUUUUUCAAAACUUUGGCAAAGUUGGGAAUUCUUCCAGCUCUUGAAAUCGUAAUGGGAAUGGACGAUCUGCAAGUUAGAUCUGCUGCUACAGAUAUAUUUUCUUAUCUAGUAGAAUUUAGUCCAUCCAUGGUCCGAGAAUUUGUAAUGCAAGAGGCCCAGCAGAGUGAUGACGAUAUCCUCCUCAUCAAUGUGGUCAUUGAGCAAAUGAUCUGCGACACUGAUCCUGAACUUGGGGGAGCUGUUCAGUUAAUGGGGCUCUUGCGUACUCUGAUAGAUCCAGAGAACAUGUUGGCCACAGCUAAUAAAACGGAAAAAAGCGAAUUUCUCAAUUUCUUCUACAACCAUUGUAUGCAUGUUCUUACUGCACCGCUUCUGGCUAAUACAUCAGAAGAUAAAUGUGAAAAAGAUGCAGUAGUUGGGUCCACUAAGAGUAAUACAAUUUGUCCUGACAAUUAUCAAACGGCACAACUACUUGCCUUAAUUUUGGAGCUGCUUACUUUUUGUGUGGAACACCACACGUAUCACAUCAAGAAUUACAUUAUGAACAAAGAUUUGCUAAGAAGAGUACUGGUCUUGAUGAAUUCAAAACAUACAUUUCUGGCCUUGUGUGCUCUUCGCUUUAUGAGGAGGAUAAUUGGCCUAAAAGAUGAAUUUUAUAACCGUUACAUCACCAAGGGAAACCUGUUUGAACCAGUUAUAAAUGCUCUGUUGGAUAAUGGAACUAGGUACAAUCUGCUCAACUCUGCUGUGAUCGAACUGUUUGAAUUCAUCAGAGUG